AUGGAGAUUAGGGUAUUCUCCGAACUUGUGAGCAAGAGCCGCAUUACUGAAGAAUGUGUGAGGAAGGCUGCUAAGGCGGAGAAUGACUAUCGGGAGUCCUACCGCAGGGAGCACAACCAAGGAUACGCAACAAGGGGGAACGGUAAGGGAAAACAGGCAGCGGCUGCUUUAGAUGUUUUGAACUGUCAGAGAUGCGAGGGUCAUCACCCAAAUAGGCCGUGCCGUUAUGGUUCGGAUUUGUGUUACAAUUGCGGGAAGCUAGGACAUUUGGUCAAAGAUAGCCCACACCAGAAGAACCGUGGUACUGCCAGUUGUGGAGGAGCUGGACACAUGUUAUGGAAUUGUCCUGAGAAGGUCAACCAGAAUACUUCCAAGGGCCAACAACAAGGUCGUGUGUUCACUACGAUGGCGGGGGAUACCGCUAGAUCCGGCGGUUUGGGAAUAGGAACCAGAUGGCGCCUGAUGGACCCAGUCGGGGACGUGAGAGAGAUCGUACUAAUAAAUAAUAAUGGCAAUGGCGGAAGUGGAGCUCAGGGCCUGAUGACAUUGGAAACUUUCUUAAAGGUUAAUCCACCUAAGAUCAAGGGAACCACCAAUCCGACUAAAGCUGACACUUGCUUUCCGGCCAUGGAGCAAGGACUGCAAGCACAGUUGGUGCCUGAAGAACAGUGUGUUGAAUUUGCUACCUAUCUGCUCACGGGGGAAGCAUUGCAUUGGUGUUGUGGAGGAGUUGGACACAUGUUAUGGAAUUAUCCUGAGAAGGUCAACCAAAAUACUUCCAAGGGCCAACAACAAGGUCGUGUGUUCACUACGAUGGCGGGGGAUACCGCUAGAUUCGACGGUUUGGGAAUAGGUAAGCGAAAGAUCGGUAACAACGUGUUAAAAGUAUGA